AUGGAUACUAUCACAGACAUUUCAUGUGAAUCAAAUCUACCAGCAUUCGUAAACUCGAGAGAGUGUACCUACAAAGAUUUUACAAAUGCCAAACCCAAAACCUUCAAUGGAAGCGGAGGUGUCAUAGCAUUGCUGCAAUGGUUCAAGAAAACUGAAUCCAUCUUCGAAAUAUGCACAUGCCCUGAAGCAAGCAAGGUCAAAUUUGCAGCAUGCACAUUCUCUGAAAGGGCCUUCACCUGGUGGAAUGGCCACGUCAAGGCAUUGACACUUCCGGUGGCUAAUUCGAUAACAUGGGAAGACUUGAAAACCAUGUUGAUGAAGGAUUACUGCCCAAGGGGCGAGAUACAGAAGUUGGAAGAAGAACUUUGGGGUCUCAAAAUGACAGGCUCAGACAUCCUGUCUUAUACCUCAAGGUUUAGCGAUCUAGUCGUGCUGUGUCCCGGGAUGGUUCCUUCGGAAAGCAAAAAGGUGGAAAUAUACAUAUGGGGACUAUCUCCCCAAUUUCAAGGAAACGUAUUGGCCUCAAAGCCAACUAUCUUUGACAGUGCCAAAGAACAUGCACAACAACUCAUCGACCAUAAGGCCAGCUGUGGCACUAUGAUAACCACCCCCGAACAAGCGAAAGGGGGAAGCAACAAAAGGAAGUUCUGGAACAAGAAGAAGGGUCAAACUGCUCAAGACCCUGCCAAAAAGCAACAAGUGGUUGAUGUGCACGCUGCCACAACCACUACCACCCCAACUCCGAUAAGGCAAUACGCCCGGAACCUACCUAAGUGCAACAAGUGCAACUUUCACCACAACAACAUAUGCCGUGAAAUGCAUUGCACCAAGUGUAACAAAAACGGGCACACCGUUCAAUUUUGUAAAGCUCCAGUCCAACAAAAUGCACAAGCUGCCAACACUGGAACAAGGCGAACCUGCUAUGGUUGUGGAGAGGCAGGACACUUAAAGCGGAACUGUCCGAAGGCAAGAAACCCCAACUCUGGUAAGUGGGCAGAGUUCUGGCGAUAG